UUGGUACACGGUAGACUCUCCCUUAGGUAACCGGAAAUGAGGGCGAAGGACGUAAACAAGGCUUGUAAAAUAAACGCUAAAUUGUUAUUGUUCUAGCUAGGUACGAAAGUGCACAGAAUGAAUGGGAUUUACGUAUGAAAUACGGUGUUAUAACGACUGAAUAACGGGUGCACGAGAUGCAGGAGGGAAAUAUGAAUGAUGCUGUGCCUACCUCCAAGAACCACACAGGCUCCCACCCCAUGCAGACUCCGAAGAAUGAGGACGCCUAUGAAAUCUCCAUUCCCUUUGAGGAGAACAACUUUGAGCAGCAAGGCUUCUUCAACCAGAAUGAACAGAGUUUUGACGAGUCGCCCCCUCCCUCGGGCGCCCCCCCACCAGGCAGCUCGUACCUGCUGAUCACCAACCUGCGGACGCAGCUGCAGAUCUCCCUAGAGAAGAACUCGUGGCUGCACAAACGCAUCGAGGACCUGGAGGAGGAGAGGGACUUCCUGCGUUGCCAGCUGGACCGCUUCAUCUUCUCUACCAAGACCCAGGGCCAUCAGAACCAGGGCCCCAGCGAGAGCCAGUACAGCAACGGCUAUGACUCUAGACGUUUUGAAUGGAAGGCGAGGAGAGAGGGAGAACGGCCAGCUGAGCAGAAGUCCGAGCCACAGCGUUUCACCUCUCGUCAGAUAUUCCAGCGAAGACUCUCCCCCACUGCCAUGGCCCCACCCAAAAACCACACUUCCAGCACGAUAGCCAAUCAGAUGGCCGCGAUGAGCUCCAUGUUCAGCUCCGGGGCCUCCCAGACCCUCUUGCAGGGGCACAGCAGUGGCAGUAGCAGCACUAACAGAACCACCAUGAGUGACAUGAAUGCACACGGGAGUGUAGGGCCAGAUUCCCUGUCCCUCCUGGGGGAGGCCGAGGAGUUCCUGGAGCAGGAUGGCUACAUGAACGAGGAGGAAAUGAUUUCAGGAGAGGAAGUGAUGGCAGAGGGCAUGAGCAGCGGUGGGCACCCAGGGAUGAAGAGGAGGCGGGUCUUCCGAAUCACCAGGGAGAGGCAGAGAGUCAAAGACGCUGCAGGGGUGCUGUUCCGCUAUAAGAAGAUCCUGCUGACCUACCAGCGGCUGAAGAACAUGUCCAAGGCCUUCCAGAUUCACGGGGUGGACCGCAACACGGUGGCCUCCACCACGCCCAUCGCUGAGAUGCUGCUGGUGGCCCCGGAGAAGGUGGCGGAGGUGGGCGAGUUUGACUCGUCCAAGGAGAAGCUGCUGGACUACGCACGCCGCUGCUACAUCGCCCUGGACGAAGAGACACUCAGCAGGGUGCAGGCCCUGAAGAAGAACAACCUGCUACUACCCAUCUCCUACAGGUUGAAAGGAGGAGAGGAUUCUCUUAAAGAGAAGGAAACUGACACGACCACAAACUGAACAAAGCAAAGAAUAGCUGCACACUCUAUUGCUCCGAUUCAAACCUCUAGUAGAAUAAUUCCAGUGUUCCGUCAGAAAGCUUCCAGGUUCUGAAACAAAGGAAGUUAGCUAGCUGACUGACCACUGGUGUUGUGUCUGCAUCAGAACAACAGAAUAAGCAGAUACUCUUUGCUUUGGAAGAAGGAUGGGGCCAGUUUUGGGAACAGUGCUACUGAGAGGCUAAGCUGUUGUACCACAAAUACAUCACCUAGUUUUUUUUGCACCAGAAUAUAUUCUGUCACUUUAAAGUGCCACUGUAGCAUACAGUUGUGAGAUGUGUAAUUUGACUGAAGUGUGGUGCAGUGUAACAUCACAUACCCUUUGUACUGUUUUACGAAGAUUAGUUUUUUACUAUAAUUGUAGUAUGAUUUACUGUGCUGUUUCACUAUCAGUUGAGAUUUGUGCUUUAUUUUUCCAGUCCUCUACUGCAAUACUUUGUUUGCUUGGGAAUAAUUUAUUACAAAAAGAUUGCAUACUAUUAGGUUUAUCUUUUUUGUGUUCCAAUAAGCUCAGUGAUUUUCACAAAAGGGACAAAAUGCAAAAUGUUGAUUUUUAUUUGAACAUAUGUCUAUGUACAUCAAUAUCAAUCACCAGUUCCCCAUUACAAUUGCAUGUGAAAUUAACUCUUGUUGGUCAGUUGUUUUGACAGAGCUGUUGUUGAACUUAAUAAUGAUGUUAAAAAACAAUAGCAGUAGUAUUGGCAAUGGUGUAAUAUAGUGGUAUAUUGUGUGUUUUUUAUACAGUAUACUGGUACAAGGAAUUGCUGAGACCCCAGGGUACCUCUCACUUUAAACUUCAUGUCUUAGUUAUUCACAACACAAACUCACCCAUGGACAGGUAUCAGUGUGUACAACUGCUGAAAUCAUGUUAUGUUCCAACACCUUUUAUACGGGUCAGAGAUGUCAUUUUUACUUUAAUAAGGAACCAAUAAUUUAGUGAAAGAUGCAGUACAACCUGUAUCUUUUAAGAUACCGGUCUCUGUGUGUGCAGCGUUAAAAAAUGUUUAAUAUUGUAUCCUAUAUUCAAAAACUGAAAAUGUUUGGUUGAUUAUACAAAUUGUAUGGACUGUAAAAAUAGAAAUGCCAUUAAAGCAUUUGAUUUCUUUAAAAAAAUAA